AUGUCCCCUGUACCUGGUGAUAGCAUAGGUACAACCACGGGCUUACUCAUCGCGUGGCCAGACACAAGAACAGGUAUAUAUAUAGCAGCCAGACGACUCAGCCGGGCUAUCGGAGGCGCUGAAGACAGAAGACACGCCAGGGGGCAGCGCAAGGGAGAUCGACCGUUUGUGGACGACGAGGACGAAAGCAACGACGGCUUCAUCAACAACUUGUACCGCGACGAUGACGACGACGACGAAGACAACGAGGACAAGCCAUCGUAUGCGAAAACCCUCCGGGCGAAAUCACGGAUGUAUGUCAGAACCGCGACCUUCCACUUCGAUCUCUACUCUUGCCUCCCGAGGUUUAUCUGCGAAGUUCACGCUCAGCCUCCAGGCGCCGACCUCACCGAACUGGAGAAGGAUAUCAUCGCUCUCUUUAGGAACUACGUCGUGAUGGAAGGGCCCGGUUCCCCUGUUUAUUCGUACCAGCUGGCGGCACACAUGGGCCAGCUGGCGACAGGGAUAGAUCCUUCGCCCUGCCACGGUCUCUACCCUUCCUGUCCUCUAUCCCGAAUGCAGCUACUUGAUGUCUUGAGGGACGUUCGGAGUUCAAGGAGAAUGUUCUAUUAACUGGACUCACUCCCCUCCCCCCUCCUUCUUCCCUUUGCCCCACGCCGUUCCGGUGAAUGGAAUCCCUCCCUCAGUGUCCUGUCUCGAAUUUGUUAAAUGAGUGAAGUGAUUUAAGGAUUCUUGGGAAGUGUAUUGUGUAUAUUCGGAAUCUCAUAUUUAUUCGGGUGGUUAUAUAUAUAUGUGUGUGUGUGUGUGUGUGUGUGUGUGUGUGUGUGUGUGUGUGUGUGUGUGUGUGUGUGUGUGUGUGUGUGUGAGGAGAUGUGAGGGUUAGGCUGAGGGAGACGGAGAGGAGAGGGAAAGAGUAAGAGAAAGAAGGAAAUAAAGAGAGAGAGAGAGGUUAAGAGAGAGAGAGA